UACAGUAGGAGGGAGGACAGAACCACCACUGCCACCCCUUGUGCUUAUCAGCAAUUCAGAUUGCAUGCAAAUCCCCUCCAAGCCCGUGUGAAGAAGACCUCACAUUUCUCCCUUUGCAGAGUAGCACUAAUAUCUCCUCCCUCCCCCUCCCCCUUCUCCUGAGUGGGUUUGUCUUUUCUCUCUAAGUGGAAAGGUUUUCCUUGCUGUUACAGCAGCAGAGCCAGGGGAAGCCCUUGUAUCUGUGCACAUUUUGGUGAGCUGCCCUCACCUUCUCCUCAUUUGGUAUCUUUUGCCUUGGAUGCGCCCUUCUUCCCUCUGGACAUGGGGAGAAGGUGGAGGGCUUCGGCCAUGCCUGUGUGGACUUUAGCAGUACUGGUGACUGUGUUUCUUGGGAACAGCCAGGGACAUUGUCCUGAUAGAGAGUUGGAAAAGCGAGAAGAGGAGGCAAAUAUUGUGCUCACCGGAACAGUGGAGGAGAUUUUAAAUGUGGACCCUGUGCACCACACCUACUCAUGCAAGAUUAGGGUAUGGCGAUACCUAAAAGGAAGAGAAAUUGUAACGAAUGACAUUCUACUGGAUGGAGGAAACAAAGUGAUGGUUGGAGGAUUUGGAGAUCCCAGUAUUUGUGACAACCAGGUGUCCACUGGAGAUACAAGGAUUUUCUUUGUCAACCCUGCACCCCGCUAUAUGUGGCCCCUGCACCGCAAUGAACUAAUGUUAAAUUCCAGUUUGAUGAGGAUAACCCUGAGAAACUUGGAAGAGGUUGAAUCAUGUGUAGAAGAUAAACCAGGCAGCCUGAUUCUGAACCCUCAAACUACAAUACAGGAUGUGUGCCGUGGAAUGCUCUGUGGAUUUGGAGCAGUGUGUGAGAAGAGCAGUACCGACCCAUCCCAGGCAACCUGCGUCUGCAAGAAAACUGCAUGCCCAACAUUGGUAGCCCCCGUCUGUGGCUCGGACUACUCCACCUACAGCAAUGAGUGUGAGCUUGAAAGAGCCCAAUGCAACCAGCAGAGGAGAAUCAAAGUAAUCAGCAAAGGACCUUGCGGUUCCAGGGACCCUUGCUCUUCAGUGUCCUGUAGCUAUGGAAGCACCUGUGUACGCUCGGCAGAUGGGCAAACCGCUAAGUGUGUCUGCCCAACCACCUGUGCUGGCCUGCCUGAGAAUGUGGUCUGUGGCAGCGAUGGAAAAGACUACCGGAACGAAUGUGCGCUGAACAAGCAGGCCUGUGACAGUCAGGAGAACCUCUACAAGAAGUUUGAGGGGCCAUGUGACCCUUGUAAGAAUGCCCUAAAUGAUAUGAAUCGAGUGUGCAGGGUAAACCCACGCAUGCGCAAAGUGGAAAUGCUCUCACGGCCAGAGAACUGUCCAGCCCGGAGAGAACCUGUGUGUGCUGAUGACGGAGUGACAUACGACAAUGAAUGCGUUAUGACCAGGAAUGGAAGCAUUCGAGGAAUAGAACUGAUGAAAGUGCGCUCUGGCCAAUGCCAGGCCCAGGACAAAUGCAAAGAUGAAUGUAAGCACAAUGCUGUGUGCCUUAAUCGUCGAGGAGUCACCCGCUGCUCUUGUGACCGCAUUACUUGUGACGGUGCCUACAAGCCUGUCUGCGGCCGGGACAGUCGCACUUAUGCCAAUGACUGCGAGAGGCAAAAAGCUGAGUGCAUCCAGAAAACAGUCAUUCCAAUGAAACACAAAGGUCCAUGUGAUCUUCACGCUCCCAGCCCUUGCCUAAAGGUGGAAUGCAGUUUUGGAGCAGCAUGUGUUGUGAAAAACCAGCAGCCAGUCUGCGAGUGCCAGCAAGUGUGCCAGAGCGUGUAUGACCCUGUCUGUGGCAGCGACUCGCGCACUUAUGGCAAUCCAUGUGAAUUAGAGGCAACAGCUUGCGCACUCAAGAAGGAGAUCACUGUUAAACACAAGGGGCCGUGUGAUCGCUGCAAGAAAUGCCAGUUCGGAGCCAUCUGCGAGGCGGAGACUGGACGGUGUGUGUGCCCUACAGAAUGUGUACACUCGGCUCAACCUGUGUGUGGCACUGAUGGCACCACGUAUGGCAGUGAAUGCGAGCUCCAUGUACGAGCCUGCACACAGCAAAUUAACCUGCAGGUGGCAGCACAGGGAGACUGCAAGACUUGUGGAAACACCAUCUGUAGCUUUGGUGCAAAGUGUGUAAACAACCAGUGUGUGUGCCAGCCUUGCGAGCGCCAGCCUUACCUACCAGUGUGCGGCAGCGAUGGAGUCACUUAUGACAACCAGUGCGAACUACAAGCUGCAGCCUGCAAGCAGAAGAAGAAAAUAGAUGUUUCUCGGGCAGGGUCCUGUGAAGAUGAAUGCGGAUCUGGAACUGCUGGAUCAGGGUCUGGUGAGGACAGUGAAUGCGAGCAAGAUCGUUGUAGGCGAUAUGGCGGCUCAUGGGAUGAAGAUGCAGAGGAUGAUCGCUGUAUCUGUGAUUUCACCUGCCAUGCUGUGCUGAGAAACCUGGUUUGUGGAUCAGACGGUGUAACUUAUCCUAAUGAUUGUGAAUUAAAGAAAACUCGCUGUGAAAGGCGCCAAGAUCUAUACGUGGCUGGACAAGGUCCCUGCAGAGCUGCCUCCACCAGCACUCCUCCUGUGGUCCCACAUUGCAGUCACACGGUGUAUGGAUGCUGUCCUGACAAUGUCACCGCUGCCCUUGGAGUUGGUCUGGCAGGAUGCCCAAGCAGCUGCCAGUGUAACGUGCACGGAUCCUAUGGGGGUACGUGCGAUCCUACCACCGGCCAGUGCUCCUGUAAACCUGGUGUAGGUGGACUGAAGUGUGACCGCUGUGAGCCUGGCUUCUGGAAUUUCCGAGGGAUCGUGACCGAUAAGAAAAGCGGCUGUACACCAUGUAACUGUGAUCCGGUGGGAGCUGUUCGUGAUGACUGUGAGCAGAUGACAGGACUUUGCUCAUGUAAGACGGGAAUCUCUGGCUUGAAGUGCAGUCAGUGCCCAGAUGGACGCAAACCUGGCCUGAAUGGCUGUGAGAAAGAUCCAUUGGCUCCUAAAUCUUGCAAUGAUAUUCAUUGUCAGUUUGGGGCAACCUGUGUUGUGGUUGGAGGUACUGCCCAUUGUGAGUGUCCUUCACCAUUGUGCCCAGAAUUUAAUCUAACUAAGGUCUGUGGCUCUGAUGGAGUGACCUAUGGAGACUGGUGUCAGCUGAAAACAAUUGCUUGCAGACAAGGUCGGACUAUUACUGUAAAGCACACUGGACCCUGCCAAGAAACCAUCACUGUUGCUAAUCUUCUGACAUUGGCCCCUACUGGGACCCCAGCACCACCCAUUGGCCGAUCACUUCCUUCACCAACAACUCCAAGAGCUCGACGUCCCAGCAAAAAAGUUGAAGUUGACUCAUUCCCCUUAAUUUUGGAUACUGAAAGUCCUCUCGAGAGUUACACCACUACUCACAGACCAGUAACACAGACGCACGUUGUCCGCACCUCCACUGUAAGACCAGCAGUAACAGUACCCAUUAGGCGUCCCACAACAACUCAGGCAUACGACGAAUCUGGAAGUGGCAGCGGGGAUGACGACUCGGAAACAAGUGGAGAUCGAGAACUAAGUGGAAAUGGGCCAAAGGAUGGAUUUGAUGGAGGAGAUGAACAGCAAGAGGAAGGUGAGGAGGAAAAGGACUUUGACACUACACCUGUAAUGGAAAGGGCCAGCUGCUACAAUACACCUCUAGGAUGUUGCUCAGAUGGGAAGACACCGGCUAUUGAUACAGAUGGCACAAACUGUCCGAAAACAAAGACAUUUCAAGGUGUUCUCAUCAUUGAGGAGCUGGAAGGUCAAGAGGUCUUCUACACCCCAGAGAUGUCAGACUACAAGUCGGAGCUUUUUGGAGAGACAGCCAGGAGCAUUGAAAAUGCAUUGGAUAAUCUUCUCCGAAAUUCUGAAGUGAAGAGGGACUUCAGAAGUAUCCGUGUGCGAGACUUGGGACCAAGCAACUCCAUCAGAGCUAUAGUGGAGGCACAUUUUGAUCCAGCUACGAGCCUAACUGCCUUGGAUGUGCAGAAAGCUUUACUGGCAAGACUCAAGAACUCCAAGAGGAAGGCGAUUACUAUAAAGACCCCAGUUCAGGAGAACGUGAAGUUCUUGGACUUUGGUGAGAUCCCUGACUGGGUUCCUGUUAUGGUCACAACUACUACAACAACAGCAGCAACUACCAGCACCAUGGCAACUACCAGCACUGCAACAACCACCAUGCCAGUUCUGGCAACCACAACCAUGGGCACUUCAACACCUAAAAGAUCAACAACCGUGAAUACCACUCCGGUGCCGCUCAUCCAACAUCCAGCCACUACAGUGAGAAUGACUACAAGAAGACCAGCUACUACCACCAAGAGGCCAAUGACCACAGCCCCUUCUUCACCAAGGCGGAAGCCAUCCCGUGGUCCUGCACCUGCUAAGAAACCAACACGACCCUGUGAUUCACAUCCCUGCAUGCAUGGUGGCACCUGCGAGGAUGAUGGAAAGGAGUUUACUUGCAACUGCCCAGCGGGAAAGGGUGGAGCUGUUUGUGAAAAAAAUAUUCAUUAUUUCAUCCCUGGAUUUGGGGGCAAGUCUUACCUGGCAUUUAAGAUGAUGAAGGCCUACCACACAGUACGCAUAGCCAUGGAGUUCCGCUCCUCCGAGCAGAACGGUCUUCUCAUGUACAAUGGUCAGACCCGAGGAAAGGAUUUCAUCUCUCUGGCGGUGGUGAAUGGAUUUGUGGAGCUCAGGUUUAAUACUGGGUCUGGAACUGGAAUAAUAACUAGCAAAGUUCCUGUGGAACCUGGCAAAUGGCACCAACUUGUAGUAAACCGUAACCGGCGUAGCGGCAUGCUAUCUGUGGAUGGAGAAGCUCAUGUGAAUGGAGAGAGUCCAUCGGGUACAGAUGGCCUGAACCUAGAUACAGACCUGUUCAUAGGAGGAGCUCCCGAAGACCAGAUGAAUGUGGUGGCAGAGAGGACUUCUGUGUCAACUGGCCUCAAGGGCUGCAUCCGAAUUCUAGAUGUGAACAAUCAAGUGUACACCUUACAGGAGGAUGGAGCUGAUGUCUUGUAUGGAAGUGGCGUGGGGGAAUGUGGGAACAACCCAUGCCAACCCAACCCUUGUCACAAUGGGGCUGUGUGCCAAGUAAAAGAAGCAGGGAUGUUUCACUGCCAGUGCCUCCAUGGGUAUACAGGACCUACAUGUGCAGAUGAACGAAACCCCUGUGACCCUAAUCCCUGCCACGUGUCAGCAAUUUGUCUGGUAUUGCCAGAAGGUGGAGCCAAGUGUGAAUGCCCAAUGGGGAGAGAGGGAGAAUUCUGUGAAAAGGUCAGCGACCAGGAUCUAAAUUUACCUUUCCUACCUCAUUUUAAUGGCUACUCCUAUUUGGAACUGAAGGGGCUCCAGACAUUUGCCACGGAUAUAACUGACAAACUUGCCAUGGAAGUCAUCUUUCUUGCCAACAACCCCAAUGGUCUUCUAUUUUACAACGGACAGAAAACAGAUGGCAAAGGGGACUUUGUAUCUUUGGCCUUACAUGAUGGACAUCUGGAAUAUCGAUAUGAUCUUGGAAAGGGAGCAGCUGUCAUUAGAAGCAAAGAAAAAAUUCCCCUCAACACCUGGAUUAGCGUUACUCUGGAGCGCAGCGGCAGGAAAGGCUUGAUGCGUAUCAAUAACAGGGAACAGGUCACAGGAGAGUCACCGGCACCGCAUACUGCUCUAAACCUGAAAGAGUCCCUCUAUGUGGGUGGAUCACCAGAUUUUAGCAAAUUGGCUCGAGCUGCAGCCAUAUCUACCAGCUUUGAAGGGGCCAUCCAGAAGAUCUCCAUUAAGGGUCUUCCUGUACUGAAGGAGGAGAACAUUCACAAUGCCAUUGAAAUCUCUCCUUACCGUGGUCAUCCAUGUACCCAGAAACCAAACCCUUGCCAGAAUGGAGGACUUUGCUCACCACAGAAAGAAAGCUUUGAGUGCAUCUGCCAGAGAGGAUUUUCAGGAGGCCAUUGUGAGAAAGUUACCAUUGAAAAGGCAGCAGGCGACUCUGAAGCAGUGUCCUUUGAUGGAAAGACUUACCUGGAAUACCACAACGCCAUCACCAAAAGUGAGAAGGCCCUCCUAACCAACCAGUUUGAGCUGAGUAUCAAGACUGAAGCGACUCAAGGUCUCAUUCUGUGGAGUGGAAAAGGAACCGAACGCUCAGACUAUAUUGCUCUUGCUGUGGUAGCAGGUUAUAUUCAGAUGACCUAUGAUCUUGGAUCUAAGCCUGUUGUCCUCCGCUCUACCAUACCGGUGAACACCAAUCAGUGGAUUCGCAUUAAAGCACUAAGAAAUAACAGGGAUGGCAUCCUACAAGUUGGCAAUGAGGCGCCAGUCUUUGGUUCAUCUCCACUUGGAGCAAAACAACUGGAUACCGAUGGUGCCCUCUGGCUGGGUGGAAUAGAGAAACUGAGUGUUUCAUAUAAGCUGCCCAAAGCAUACAGCACUGGCUUCAUCGGAUGCAUGAAGGACGUUCUUAUUGACCAGCAAGAACUGCACCUGGUGGAGGAUUCAUUGAACAACCCCCCUAUAUUAUACUGCUCAGCCAAAUAAUCUGAGACCAACUUAUCUUCCUCCUUUCUGGCCAGCCCCUUUUCCCUCCUCUCCCCGCCAUCCACUGCUGUAAUUAUUUUAUAUUUUUGUAAACUUAUUGCUUUUUAUAUUUUGUGUGUGGGGGGAGGAAGGAGAAGGCGAUGUCUCUAUGUGUGGAUGUGUGUGACUUCCAAUAAUGCAACCAGACCAAAAUCCACAUGGGGUGGGCACAAUUUUAUGUAACAGAGAGUGUGUUAUUUGCAGGUAAUAUGUGAGGACUGUGCACCUCACAAGGGCCUUAUUCAAGUCAAAUCAGGGAUUACUGGGGAGAUGAAGCAGAAUUUUGUAUUGAAGUGCAGAAUUACAUUUAUAAGGGGGUUGGUUGCAUCUGUCUUUUCACUGACCCACCCUGACGGUUGCAGUGUUGUUGCCUUGGUGUGUAUGAGUGCAUGUGUUAUGACCCCUUCUUGUCAUGUUUGGUGCUUGGGCCGUACACUCUUAUUGUGAGAGAUACCUGUGUUAUCAGUUAUGAUGGAUGUCCCUGCUGCUGACUGCCUUGCAUGCCUGAGACAUGAUCUUAAAGAAAAAUGAGGAGGUGAGGGGUCUCUGGUGUAAAAAUGUGGCCUUCUUGUACAAUGAUCUUCAGUUUUACAAGGUCUGAAUGAUUCCUAAACCCCCUACCCAUCCCAUAUCUCAUCAAAAUUCUUAUGCUCCGCCUAGGGAUUUCCAUUAUAGAACCUUCCAGUCUUACAUUCCUUGUUUGUUUGUUUUUCUUCUGUGGUUCUGUCUGUUAGUUGAUGUCCAAGCUAUUUUUACCACAGCAGAAUUAGAGGGGAGGAAGGUGGAGGAGAGUAUUUUAUGUCCUCCAAUUCCAUUUAUACAUUCGACCUGGAAGGUGGUUGUUGGUUUAUUUGGUCCAGUAAAGUUGUUGAGUAAUUUCCUUGGUUUAUCCAAGGCGUAAUCCCUUCUAGGACAGGGUGUUUAUAAAAAUGCUGGAGGAGAUAUUUUUGGGAGAUUUUCUUUACAUUUAUUCAGUUUCUUUUUAGUGGUUUGUGAAUUUUCAAUUAUCAGCUUUUUGUUUUGGUAACAUUUGUUUAACCCUUUCUGUUAGCGAAGUUACAUCCAGCAGCCUCUAGUAGUGAUUGGGAGGUUGUACAUACGUCUAAUUUAGGGCAAUAAAAUAACAACCAAUUCAGCUCCUAUUUUUUAGUAGGGAAUUAAUUUGUCUGCACAAGCUGGGAGUGGUGGCCUGGCCACAUGUUGGUCAUUCGACUGGAAGCUGUAGACUUUAACUACAUAAAAAUGUAUUAGAUGUACCUUACAUAUGUCACAUAAAUUUUACCCGUAUAUAAAGUAACAUAUCUAGAUGGAGUUUCCUUAUCAGAUAUACGUUAUCUCAGAUUCUAAGAUGUGACAAGCUGAACCAGUGAUUUUAUUUCUAGUCCCAUGCAAAGCCCCAGAGUUGACAAAGAAUAUCAGUCAAGGUUCAUUUCUCAUCCAUUCGACUAAACAGUUAUCUCCAUGUCUACUGGGUAACAGAUGCAAUCCCUCUCUCGUACUGCUGCUCUCCCUAGUGAUGGGAAUGCCUUUGUUCUUUAUUGAAUGAUAGCAAUAAUAAUCUAUAAAUUAACAAUGAUCUUACAGACUCUAUAGUGAGUUACCAUUUUGACGAUUGCUCAUAAGCCACUGUUGAUACCAUAAAUGGUAUAGAAGAAAGGCUUCCAAAUAACAGAAGUCACCAUUAAGUUUUAUGUUACUUUAAUACUGUACAUCUCAUAAAUCACAUGACCCAUGAAAGAAGGGUUAAACAAAUAUAAAACAUAAUUUUAGCUUACAUGAGGAUUAUCUGUGUGGUAUUAUCCUAUGUAGAAACUAUGUAUACCAUUAUAUAAAGCCUACAGUAUGUAGUCGACAACACAAGUUUUUCCCACUCAAUGAAGACAAGUGUGCAGUCCACAUCACUGCCGCCUGUACCAUUGUACGUGAAAUAGGAAGAGGACAUUGUAUCUGGUAACAUGGAUGUUCUUCUGUAGAUACCACCUUUUUAACUCUGUUUAUGAUUAAUAAGUCAUGAGGGUUAGGUUGAUGAGAUCUUAAUUAUGUGCGUGUCUCAUGUGCGCCUGCUCCUUCUCCCUGGCUUGUCUGCAGUUCUACCCUGUGUUCUAGUGUGAAAUGUAUUCAUAUUUAUAUGCAGUAAAUUCCUCCUGUAUGCACACCGCUUACUUUCUUUUCUGGAGAACAGAAGCCACAUGCUUCUUCCUCAGCAUCAAUGAGUUGUAGAUGUUUAUUUUUUUUGUAUACAUUUUUAUGACUGUGAAACAAUACUUUUAGAUAACUAUCAAAGGGCUGCAAUGGUCUACCACAGUCUGGCCUCUCAAGAGGGAAAAAUUCCUAUACAAAACAUAAAAUCCAGAUUUAUCUUUCUAGAUUGCAGUAGAUGGUGAUGUUCAUCUAGAAUGGUAGUAGAUAGUUAAAUCAAUGUAUUAUUUCUACUCCAAAUGCAUAGUAACAUAGUAAAGAAUUAAGUAGAAAUUUUUUUUUUUCCCUUCGGUGCUAUUUGUGUACAUAAAAUAGUGACCAAAAGUUUUUCAACGAGAGGUAUAAAGGGCAUAAUAGUGAGGGCCAUAAACCAGCCUCUGCUCAUGUGCAUACAAGUGGAAUUGAUUGUGUAUGGAGCUUGUUUCUUGUGUCCAGAUGAGGACAGUUCACUUUACUUUAGGGAGAGCAGGGUGGGAGGGGUAAGCUAAGUAUUACAAAGGGCUUGUCGAGGCUAUCCAAAAUGUGCCAGAGAACAAAAAUGGGGCACAGCACAAUUGUGUCCCUGCUUAGUAAUAUGCCCUUUGAUAAUACUUGUUAGACAUAGUUUUAGUCAAGUGGUAGUUGCUCCAGAGAGUAAGAGAUCAAGCUCUCAGAUGUUAACCUAUUCAGCCAAUCAUUUUUAUCCCGUAGAUUACCAGUUUGGUUUGCAGUGACCUUGUUCUAUAGGUUACGGGGUACUUUUUUUUGCACUUCACUAUAAUAACGAACUAUCUGUGGUUUUAAAAAUAUCUCAGUCAAAAUACUAUUUUAUAAAGACUAGUGAAGAACAAGGGGUUUAUGCCACCAAAAGUGAUCUCCUGGCUGCAAUGGAAAAUGAACUUCUGAAUGCCAUAUAAGAAUGGUGGCCAACAUAAGGAACAGCCAGUGGUCAAUUGGGGGACAUGUGACUGUAGCAAGAGAGCCAAGAGCUUUACGUUGACCAUUGGAGCUGUAGAAGAUAUCAUCAAACAUCCCGUCCUCUGUUCUAUACAGCCAUAUAUACAACCAUUCACCAUCUUACCAGGCAUAAUUGACUUUGUGUGCACUUACAUUUCAGUUAGUUUUACUUUCCAUGGUCUACUAGCAUUUAUAUCCAUAAUGUACAAAUUGAUUUUUUUUAAUUUAUGUCUGUCCAUACAUUACAAUUCUAGGGUAGUAAAUCCGCUGUGAUCUGCUGUAAGAGUCUUGGAGGACUGUGCACAGUAUACAGUACAGCAUGUUAUAACCAUUACUAACUUUAUUACUUGUCUUUUGUCCAAUCACCACAAAAUAAAGUCUGAAAACUAUUUAAAA